CACCAUGUCUAUGUCUUUUUCUUUAUCCUCUUCCAGGCUCUCUGGGGGAUAUGGAGGUCUUGGCAUGGCUCGGGCUGGUGCAGGUGGUGGGGCUAGACUGGGCCUUGGGCUAGGAAGUGCUGCUGGCUUUGGUGCAGGUCUUGGCCUUGGAGGAGGAUUGGGCUAUGGGGGCAGCGGAGGCUUUGGCCUAGGCAUUGGUGGAGGUAUAGGAGCUGGUGCAGGACUGGCACUGGGUGGUGGUGGUGGGGCACUGGUUGCCAGUCCUGCAUUCGCUAUGGGUCGCGCCAUUGCUGCAGGAGGGCUCAGUUCCAGCUCUGCAUUUGUCGCUGGCUCAGGAUCAGGGGCUGCUGUGGCCCCCAUACUUUCCAGACAGGCUGAGAAGCACAUGCUCUCUGGGCUCAAUGAUCGUUUCUCUGGGUACAUGGCCAAAGUACGGGCGCUACAGCAAGAGAAUGCAGCUCUGGAGGCCAAGCUGUCCCAGCUGACUGGGGGGACAGACGUGUCCCAAGAAUCAUCUGGGACUUCCACACUGGAGUAUGAGGCCCAGCUGAGUGAAUAUCGCAGCACACUGGAAACUCUCACCAUUGACACCGUCAAGCUGGAGAUUGAGCUGGACAAUGUCCGUGGCACUGCCCAUGAACUGAAGGCUAAGCUUGACUUUGAACAAGGAGUGAAGUUUCAACUUGAGUCUGACAUUGCUGCCAUGAAAAAGGACAUUGAAAUGGCCUCUGACCUAAGAAUCGAUUUGGAUGCCAAAUAUUCUAGCCUGAAAAAUGAACUGGACUUUGUCAGCAAAAUGCAGGAGGAGGAACUGUCUUCUUUGCAAUCCAAACUGGGCACAACAACAAUGGACACUUCAGUCUCAAUGAUUGAAGUAGACACUGGCAAGUCAUUUGACAUCUCUACAGCACUCAUCAAGAUGCGAGAGGAAUAUGAGAAAUCUGUGCAUCAGCACAGAGAAGAGGCUGAGGCUUACUACAAACUCAAGAUGAACGAGAUACAGACGACCAAUUCCAAAAACACAGAGGCUGUGUCAUCAAUUAAAACUGAGAUCACAGCAGCCAGGAAAGAGCUGCAGACACUGAGUUUAGAGCUGCAGGGUCUUGUUGCUUCUAAUAUGAGUCUAGACCAGAGUUUAGCAGAAGCCCAGGCCCAGUCCAGUGUGGGUGUUGCUGAGUACCAGGCACAGAUCGCUAGCCUGACAUCAGCCAUAGAGGUGGCUAAAGCAGACCUCCACAAACAGAUCCUUGCCUACCAAGAGCUGCUGGACAUCAAACUUGCCCUAGAUGUCGAGAUCUCCACCUACAGAAAACUGCUGGAAGGAGAUGACUUCAAAAUGCCAGAGUUCACAGAGACAUCCUACACUUUUUCAGCGGGUCAAAUACAGGUCAAAGAAAUUAUUACAACAGAGACAUCAGUCAUUUCUGACGCUGAUGAUACCGAAUCCUCUUGAUGGCUUGGAGGCAUCCAGUCAAUGCAGGCUUGAUAAAUGCAGACCCGUGCAAGACAUCCAAUCCAAAAAUGUGGAGUUCCAUC